CGCUGUCACACACAUUCGUUCUCUCGCCCACGGAACGUUACGUGCGCUAGAAGACAAGUGAGAGCCAAGAUGCGCAUUUUCCUGCUGGUGGUGGCGGCUGCCCUUUCAGCUGCAGCACAGGAGGCCAUCCCGACAGAAGAAAUCCCAAUAGCAACAGAUCCCCCUCGAGAAUUCUCAACAUACCCACCGAGCAACUGCCGUUACUACUGCGGCUACGAGGGAUAUGCAUACUGCUGUGAUGAUGGCACCAGACCUAUUCCACCCGAUCACGAUGACAAUGUAGGUGCUUGCGUAGAAAUGGAAGAACACAUCUGUGAAAGUGACGCUAUAUACUACACCGUCGUUGACAAUAAUGGGUCGAACAUGACGAAGCAGCUGUUCGAGGGCUCGCCAGUGGACACGCCCCCCUGCGCCUCCGACGGCUACUGCGCCGAGGACGAGAAGUGCUGCCCGACCCCCUGCGCCAGGAAGCACCUGUGCCUCGCCGCCGCAGCACAGGGUGACCUUCGCGAAUACUCAACUCCCCCGCCAAGUAACUGCCGCUACUACUGCGGUUACGACGGGGAUGCUUACUGCUGCGAUGAUGGCACCAGACCCAUUCCCCCGGAUCACAAUGAUAAUGCAGGAGUUUGUAUAGACAUGAGUGAACACAUUUGUGAGGACGAUGCCAUUUACUACAACACUACUGAUGGGACUGGGGCGAACACGACGAAGCAGCUGUUCGAGGGCUCGCCAGUGGACACGCCCCCCUGCGCCUCCGACGGCUACUGCGCCGAGGACGAGAAGUGCUGCCCGACGCCCUGCGCCAAGAAGCACCUGUGCCUCGCCGCCGCAGCACAGGGUGACCUUCGCGAAUACUCAACUCCCCCGCCAAGCAACUGCCGCUACUACUGCGGUUACGACGGGGAUGCUUACUGCUGCGAUGAUGGCACCAGACCCAUUCCCCCGGAUCACGAUGAUAAUGCAGGUGUUUGUGUAGACAUGAGCGAACACAUCUGCGAGGACGAUUCCAUUUACUACAAUACUAUUGAUGGGACCGGGGCGAACACGACGAAGCAGCUGUUCGAGGGCUCGCCAGUGGACACGCCCCCCUGCGCCUCCGACGGCUACUGCGCCGAGGACGAAAAAUGCUGCCCGACCCCCUGCGCCAGGAAGCACCUGUGCCUCGCCGCUGCAGCACAGGAGAAUACACUGAUAGAAGAAACACCUACUGCAUCAGACUGUCGCUACUUCUGUGGCUACAAUGAGAAAAUUUACUGCUGCGACGAUGGCACCAGGCCUCUGCCUCAAGAUCACUUUGACCAUCCAGGAACUUGUGUAGAUAUGGAAGAACAUAUCUGCAAGAAAGAUGGCAUCUACCAUAGUGAUGAGAGUGAGAAAUCCACGAUCACGAAAUUGUUCACGGGCUCGCCAGUGGACACGCCCCCCUGCGCCUCCGACGGCUACUGCGCCUCCGACGAGAAGUGCUGCCCGACGCCCUGCGCCAAGAAGCACCUGUGCCUCAAGUACGCUUAUACCAGCUGCCGCUACUACUGCUUCUGGGCCAACGAGACCUACUGCUGUGACGAUGGCAGUUUGGAAGAACCCAGGAACCAUGCCAACCACGAAGGUUCGUGCCCCAAGAUAGAGGAAGAAGAUUGCGACGGAGACCGGGAAGUUCCGAUCAAGUCUGGGAAUAACGGCGACACGCAGAAGGCCGCAGCCUGUGCCUCCGACGGGUACUGCGCGAGCGACGAGAAGUGCUGCCCGAGCAAGUGUGCGCAGCGCCACGUCUGCCUCAAGGCCAACCGCAUUGUGGAGGAGAUCGACGAGAACGGGGAAGGAGUGCAGGAACUCGAGUUUUAAGUUUCAAGUGCAACCGAUAGACGCCAUUUUAGGGAGGAGGAAGGAGGAGAAGGAGGAGUAGGAGGGGGAGGAGGAGGGGGAGGAGGAGGAGGGGGGGGGAGCUGGGUGCUGGGAGGAAGGAGUGAGAAUUAGAUGGCGCUCAGGGGAGUCGAAGGAGAGGAGUGCAAGUUUUUAGCUGAGACAGAGCCGUUGCUAGGAAUGUUUCUGUGUAUAUAUAUAUUUUAUAUAUACAUAUACAUAUACAUAUACAUAUACAUAUACAUAUACAUAUACAUACACAUACACACACACACAUAUACACACACACACACACAUAUACAUGUAUAUAUAUAUAUAUAUAUAUAUAUAUAUAUAUAUAUAUAUAUAUAUAUAUAUAUAUAUAUAUAUAUAUAUAUAUAUGUGUGUGUGUGUGUGUAUAUGUAUUUAUAUUCACACAUUAAUAUUGUAAUAUUUGCAAUUCAAUAUACAGAAUAUCUUUUAAAAUUCUAAAAUAAUUUAUUGUCACUGGGAGACCUUGGCCCUUGUUACUCCUCUCCUCCCACCACACCCUUGAUGAUGAUGAUGAUGAUGAUGAUGAUGAUGAUGAUGAUGAUGAUGAUGAUGAUGAUGAUGAUGAUGAUGAUGAUGAUGAUGAUGAUGAUGAUGAUGAUGAUGAUGUAGGAUAAAGAGCAUAAAUAUCAGGUUUAGAUACGACUGAAAUAUGGUGACGCUAUCGGUUAUUUUUUAUUUUUAUGUAGAUUCUUAGGGACGUAAAUUCAGUAUAAUAUUUGCACUUCUUGUGAUUAAUGUCAAAAGUGCACAAAUUGUUGAGCAGGUCUGCAUUUAUUAUUGUUGAAGAUAAUGAACUAAAAUGUUAAUCUCCA